UUUAAGGCUAAUGCUACAAGCUCAUUAGGUUAUAAACAUACUGAAGAAGCUAGACUAAAGAUGACAGAGUAUUAUAAAAAUAAGACAAAUCAUCCUAUGUUUGGUAAAACUCAUACUAAAAAAGCGCUUGAUUUAAUCAGUAAACCUGGUGAGUUAAAUCCAAUGUUUGGAAGAAAACAUAGUGAAGUAACUAGAUCUAUAAUAAGUGAAAGAAAGAAUAAAUACCCUUUAGGUGUAGGUUUAUAUGAUCUAGAUGGCAAUUUAAUUUCAAAGUUUAAAAAUAAUGUAGAGUUAGCUAAACACUUAAAUAUUUCUAAGGUUACAGUGGGUAAAUAUUUAAACUUGGGUCUUGUGUAUAAUAACACAUAUCGGUUUAAACCUAUAGAAGAUUAA